CAGGGGGAGUACCAGAAUGGAGGGCACCUGCUGGUACUGCAAGAAGAUAGGGCAUCCUUGGUUCAAGUGCUUCAGCAGGCCGGAGGGAUGGGCACCUCCAGGCAUGAAGCCACCCAGUGGUGAACGCGCACAAGGUGGCGCUGUGCAAGAUGAAGGUGCACAAGGUAACGCCUAUCCUGGGAUGUAUCUCAUGGUUGAGGAUGUGCAUGGGCAUGAGGGUGAUGUGGGAUCUGUCGGAAAGGUUGUGAUGCACCCUCUCACGCACUGGGUGAUUGAUUCGGGUUGCACCAGUCACAUGACCCCACGGGCAGAUUUGCUUGAUGAGCAGACAAAGGGGAAGGACUAUGAUGAGGUGUUUGCUCCUGUGGGGAAAGGAACAACACUGAGGGUGCUGUUGGCGAUAGCUGCACUCCUGGGAUGGAAGAUUCGGCAGAUGGAUAUUGUGACUGCCUUUCUGAAUGGGAUCAUUAUGGAGGAGGUGUACAUGAAGCAGCCAGAGGGGCUGGAUGAUGGGAGCGGCAGGGUCUGCAGGCUGAAGAAGGCAAUCUAUGGCCUUAAGCAGGCGCCUCGUGCAUGGUAUCACAAGUUGGAGGAGGCGCUGGUGGCUGGGGGUUUCAAGAAGAGUGAGUGUGACCCCAGCCUGUUCCUGCUGCAGGAGAAGGACGAAAUCCUCAUGCUCUUGGUGUAUAUGGAUGAUAUCCUUCUCUUUUCUGCAUCCACUGCUUUGCUGGACAGCGCAGAGCAGAUGCUGGAGAUGCAGUUCAAGUGCUCCAAGAUGGGUGAGGUGAAGUACUACUUGGGGAUGCAUGUGGAGAGAGAUGUGGAGAAGGGUGUGCUGAGGUUGCACCAGAGGAAGUACUCCAGAGGGGGAGAUUGUUGUGUGAUGUCAUCAUAUGCUAUCACAUUCUGUCUGCCUCCCAUCCCAUGUUUUCAACUUGCAUGUGUGGUUUGAAUGUGAAAGAAUUUGUGUGUGGUGUGUUCUGGAGUUUGGGAAUGUGUUCUGUGUUAUUUUUGUUUGAGCAGGUAUUUUGAUGAUAGAUCUUGAGAAUAUAUUUCCGACGCAACAAGAAUCGCUUCAAUCGGAGCAAGAACGCGAAAGCUAUGAAGAUUCAAAGUUCAUGAGCUUGCGUUACAAUUGCGGCGGUUACAAAGUGAAGUUGUGGGGUGACUCUAUAUGGAGUUGGGACCUUUGGGGUUGGGGAAAUUUGUCACUCUACUGUAACAGGUGCAAAUUGGUUGGGAACAACCAAGCUAGGUUGGCAAGGGUGGCCAACUUGGAUGGAUUGGUU